GGCCCAGCAUGCGCAUGCUCGACGAGCAGACCUCCAACGACGUCGAAGUCUCGCUGGCCGACCAGGAGCGCAUCAACGCCUUUUCGCGCCUCAACUCGCGCGCCGCCGACGCCGAGGCGCGCAUUGCGCAGCUGCGCGACGAGAAGGAGACGCUGGGCGACUUGGAGAUGGAGCUCGAGCUCGAGGGUGAGGAUGAGGUCCUCUACAAGAUCGGCGAUGCCUUUCUCAAGGUGCCCGGCGAAGAGGCGUUGCAGUUGCUGGCGCGCGACACGGAGCGCGUCGACGCGCAGCUGGCACGCCUCGAGGCGCAGAAGGAGCAGUGCGACGCAGGCAUGCAGGAGCUCAAAGUGAAGCUGUAUGCCAAGUUUGGCAAGGAGAACAUCAAUCUGGAGCGGUGACGCUGCUGCGGUCGUGGGGAGAUAGAGGGGAGGAAUGUCACUCUUUGAUGCCUGCCAGACGAC